GGUCUCUGAAAUAUCAAGAUACUCGUCCCAACUCAGAUUUAACACACGCCGCUCAAAGUCAAGAUGUUUUUCAUGAAACUUACGGUCCUUGCAAUCCUCCUAGUUGGGUUCUGUGCCCCAAUGAAGUCUUCUACACUUGCUAGAGAUACCCAUAAAGCCGACGAGAGCGUUGUCUACCCAGACUAUCGCAGAUCGACUAGUGACGAAUCUGUCGUCUAUCCGGAGUAUCAAAGAAAUGCACCAUCUAACGACGAUAAAUCCAUCAUCUAUACCGACUAUCGCCGAUCAGUUAGUGACGAGUUCGUCAUUUAGCCCGAUUACAGUAGAGAAGUGGUGGGCAGAGAUAUUGACGCUGCAAAAGAGGAUGGUUCUGUAAUUUACCCAGAUUAUCUCCGAGAUAUUGAUUAUUAGACGGUUAUAAUUGGCUUCUAUGUUUAUAUUAUAGCAUUAUACAGUUUAAAUCCCUGUUACUGUUACUUCCAAGGUUGUGGGGAUUUAUUAUCAAAGAUUUUUUUAAAGCCGGGGAUUGUGGAGAAUUGAUCUUAGCUACA